AUGUUACUUGUAUUCGUUCUCUGUCACUUGUCGGUGUUCGUGGCCGCGAAUCCUUUUCACAAGUAUCCAUUUGUCUUUCUCCUCGAUGUCGGCAAUGAAGAACUGGAAAAGACUAACUCUGAGCAAAUCAGAGUUUCUGUUCCUGGAGGAUCAAUAGCUUUACGAUAUCCAGCAAUAGGCUAUGGUAAUACUAUAGGGCAUAUUCGAGUAAGUGGUAUAGAUUUCGGUACGGAUUUAAAAGCAAGUAUCGUGGAUGGUGGUCCUGGUUACAAAUACGUUGUGCUUGUAUUCGUGGGAAAACCAGAUACUCCGUAUGAUGCUGUUUUGACAGUGCAGACGGUAAUCGAUAAUAAUAUAAAUAUACAAAACGUUGAAAAUAUUGCGAAUAGUGAACCUAACACGAACCAAAGUGAAGAAGAUAAAAAUGAUAGUGCUGAAGACUUGAGUGAUACAGAUAUAGAUAAAAAUGUUCAGAGUGAGACUUAUAUUGAGAAUAACAAUGCUGAAUUAAUGCAGUCAAGCUCUAACAUGUAUAGUUAUGUUAAUAACGAAUCAGUAAACGACACUGAAGACGAUGAUGACAGUGAUUAUAAUAAUGAAGAAAUAGAGGGUAAGCAAGUAUACUCUGACAUAAAUAGUGAAUAUUCAGUAGAGAAUGCAGACUUUGAAGAUGUUAAUAAUGCAAAAGAUAUUCACACUCAAUAUACCGACGAUAUAGAUAAAGAAAAUCCAAAUGUUCAGCUGAAGAGUGUCCAACUGGAAGAAACUGAUGAUGACGAAAGGUACGAUGGAGAAGUAAACCUUAAAACGAAACCCUCAGAACAACAGCCUGAAGGUCUUACUGAUUAUGAAGAUUUUCAAGAGCAUUUAAAUUACGGAAAUGAGAUAUAUUCUCAAGAAGAGUAUCAGAAAAGUUCCAACUAUCAAGAAGAUCCCUUAGAUUAUGUGGAUCCGUAUGCAGAAGAAUUCAAUGAUGGAGUAGAUAAAUAA